AUGAUGCAAUAUAGGGAGGUGGAGAUAUUGAUUGGAGAUGUUAUGAUAAGAAAGAUGAAGAUUAUUGAAGAUUUAGUUGAACCAAUGACUAGGCGAAAUGUACAGCUAUUCCUUCUAUAUAUCGUAACAUAUAUUGUUUUUAUCACCGAUCUCAUUGUUUUUGUAAUAACCGACCGCACCUGCAGAAGAGUAAGCAUAGCAAUGGAGAUUAAACCUGGUUUGUCAGCACUAGUCACGGGUGGUGCCUCUGGAAUCGGCAAGGGUCUUGCCUUAGCUCUUGCAGAGAAGGGUGUAUUUAUCACUAUUGUGGAUUUCUCUGAAGCAAAGGGAAGACAAGUCGCAAGUCUAGUUGAGAAAAUUAACACCAAGUUUCAUUCGAAGUUAGAAUUUCCCUCUGCCAUGUUUGUGAAAUGUGAUGUGACUAAUGCAAGGGAUUUAGCUGCUGCAUUUGAAAAGCACUUUUUGACUUAUGGAGGUCUAGACAUUUGUAUUAAUAGUGCGGGGGUUAGUAGUUCUAUACCAUUCCACAAGGAUCAAACAGAUGAUGGCACUAGAACAUGGCGACACACUGUUAACGUGAAUUUCACUGCCGUUAUUGAUUCCACUCGCCUUGCGAUUAAAGCCAUGGAAGCUGUCAAACGACCAGGUGUGAUCAUCAACUUGGGUUCUGCUUCUGGUCUUUAUCCAAUGUUGGCUGACCCAAUCUACAGCGGCUCUAAAGGUGGUGUUGUUAUGUUUUCUAGAUCACUUCGUCUAUACAAACGUCGAGGAAUUCGAGUCAAUGUGCUUUGCCCUGAG